AGGUUGCAGGCUUCCGACUCCAUACUCCACUUCUCCAAUCUGGCAAUCUCCAGUCUCACUCUCCCAGUCCCGGAGUCCCGGUCUCCCCGAGUUCAGCCACCGAGCGGUGGUGGAGGAAUCUCCCAUUCUCCCGGUCUCCAGUCACGGUUUGUCUCCAGUCUCACUCUCCCGGUCUCCAGCCACCGAGCUACCUCCUCGGCUCCUCCGCCACCGUCCACUGACUCACUGAGCCACAUCCACGGGCUCCCGGAGUCCCGGUCUCCCCGAGUUCAGACUUCACUCACUUCAGAACUUCAGAUCGGUGGUGGACUGGUGGAGGAAUCUGCUACUCUGCUCUGCAUCUCUGGACUUCAGAACUUCAGAUCCACGCCUGAGCCACCUCCUCCGCCACCGAGCCACCUCCACGGCUCCACUCCGAGUCUGCAAUAGUCGCAGUGCGACUCCUUCAAGGCUUCAAUACCACCAGAUCCCAGGUAUUCGAUUUUUGGGCUGCGGUCUGCAUCUUUGGAUUCUCUGCGACAGUGCGACUCCUUGAACUCUUGAAGGCUUCAAAUCUUGAAUCCCUGAUGCUCAGAUUCUCAGGGUGAGGUGACUGAGGUCGUAAUUGGGAAUGGGUUGAUGAGAUUCAUUGAUAUUAUGCAAGUUUGGCUAUAGAGACAUCAAAAUUUUUUUUUGGGCGAAUCCUGGCUACGUCCCUGCUUAUUAAACAUACAGCAAUGUUGUUGAGUGGACGAGAUCUCUGCCUUGGGGUUGUUUUCUUGUCAUUGCUUAGUUGUGGAUUCAGUUCUGGCAGUGCGAGUGAUAUCAACUGCUUGAAAAGUAUAAAAGCAUCACUUGAGGACCCUUUGGAUAUGUUAACUUCAUGGGAUUUCAGCAACAUCACCGAAGGUUCCAUCUGUAGCUUUCUGGGAAUCGAGUGUUGGCACCCUCAUGAGAGCAAAGUUAUAAAUAUCAAGCUUGGGGAUUUGGGACUCAAAGGCCAGUUUCCUCGCGGCGUUAUGAAUUGUACAAGCUUAACAGGCUUAGAUCUUUCGAGCAACAAGUUGAGCGGAUCCAUUCCUGCUGAUAUCAGUAGAAUCAUUCCAUUCAGUACGUUGCUUGCCCUCUCGUAUAACAACUUCUCCGGGACAAUCCCAGCCAGUAUUUCCAACUGCACUUAUCUGAAUGUCCUCAAGCUUGAUCACAACCAGCUAUCGGGUCAGAUUCCCGGAGAAAUUGGCCAACUUUCCAGGCUUAAAACAUUCAGUGUGGCCAACAAUCUUCUGCGUGGGCCAGUCCCAGACUUCGUUGUGGCUUCGGUUACAGCGGACAGUUAUGCAAACAAUCCCGGACUGUGCGGCGGUCCUCUGAAGAGUUGCCGGUCAUCCGUGGAGAAGUCGUUAAAUUGUUCAAGUCCACCACUCUAGUCAUGAUGGUAGCAGCUGGUUUUGGUAUUGGUUUUGUUUUCUCUUUUUGUUGUUUCACUUUUCAAUAAACUCUUUGUUGCUAAGACAUCGUUGUGGUUCUGUUUUUAAUUUGGGUGACUGUAUUGUACCUCAAGGGGACGGUUGAAAUGAAAAAUAAUAGAAGUUUACAUAGUUUAGUUGA